AUGUCUGCCUCGAUUGAAGAAAAAACCUCAGGCGCCGAAGUUGAGACUGUUGAACAAGCCAGAUCAGAGGCUCGUCAUGUCCCCAUCCACGAAAUUCCGCUCGACCUGGACAAUCCACACCAAGCCGCUUUGGAGGACAAUCCAGAAAAGGCAGAGACCUUGACAUGGCCGACUCUGCUGGCAAUCCUGUCCCUGUCAUUCUCGUACGUCUGCCCGAUAUCAUGUGGCUUCAUUCUGGUCACAGGGAUUUUGGUGCCCAUCGGCACCGACCUCGGCGACACUGAACAUAUUUCCUGGAUUGUGGGUGGCUGGAGCAUCGCGUCCUCUGUGAGCUUCUCCCUCGCAGGCUCAUUGUCGGACGUCUUCGGCCGACGAUGGACCGUCGUGGCUGGCGAGGUUAUUGCUAUUGUUGGCUCGAUUAUAGCAUGUACCGCAAAGUCGACGCUCAUGCUUGCCGCUGCAUCAACCGUCAUUGGCUUUGGGUGUGGUAUCAUUUUUGUCAGCUACGCCGGCAUCCAGGAACUUGUCCCCAACAAAUGGAGGGGCCUCCUGGGUCUCACCGAAUGUGCUAUGAUUCUACCCUGGGCAUUCGCGGGGACGCUAAUAGCGACAACUUUGAACGCCAACACGGCUGCGAAAUGGCGAUGGUGCUACUACAUUGGCAUUAUUUAUGGCGUCUUGAGUCUCGCUGGGACAUUGGUCUUCUACUGGCCACCCCCACGUCCACAGUAUGACUUCUCCAACUCACGUUGGCAGCAAGUGAAGGACGUCGACUAUGUCGGCUUCCUCUUGUAUACGGGAGGACUGACGAUUUUCCUGAUUGGACUGACCUGGGCUGGGACCGAUGGACAUGCCUGGGAUUCGGCCUCGGUGAUUGCACCGAUCAUUGUGGGUUUCUUGACUCUGACUGCGUGUUUCGUCUACGACUUUACACUGGCGAAGCAACCCUUCUUCCCCUAUUCUCUGUUUCGCCAAGUGCGCGAGUUUACCGUUCUUCUGGUUGUGGUCUUCGUGGCAGGCGUCGUUUUCUAUUCUUUUGCAGGCCUGCUCCCUCAGGGUUCGCUCUAUAUGUUCACGAGCGACCCCAUUCAGAUCGGCAUCAUCGCUCUUCCCAACGGUGCCGCACAACUCCUCUUUGGCGGCAUCUUGACACUUUUCAUGGGCAAGUUUGGCCAUUUGAAGCUGCAGGUGAUUGUGUUGCUGGUCUUUCAGACCGUCUUCACGGCCGCCUAUGCUGGUGUCGUACCGUCCAAUCGGGCAGGAUGGAUGGCGUUCCAGUUCUUUGGGGUGGGACCCUUUGCCAUGAUCACCCUAAUCUGCUAUGUGAUUGCCGGACUAAAUGUCCCCCUGCGUCACUUGGGAAUCGCAUCCGGAUUGAUUGGCACCUUUCGCAGCGGUGGCGGGAGUGUGGGCAAUGCAGUCUUCAACACCAUCCUCAACGGUGUGGUUAAGAACGAGAUUCCAAAGAAGAUUGCAGAGGUUGCGACUGCUCACAAUCUCUCCCCACAGCAACUUGCGGCUCUGAUUCCUGCCACGGCGCAGAACGCUGUCGGUAUUCCAGGCGCUUUCGCCUCGGUUCCAGGCAUCACUCCAGCCAUUGAGCAGGCCGCGGCAAUGGCAUACAGAGAGGCGUAUGCGUUCGCCUUCCGGAGAGUGUUCUACUCGUCUAUUCCCUUUGGGGUUAUUGCCAUUAUCUGCGCACUCUUCAUCAAGGACCCAUCUCAAUACCUCACCAACCACACGGCUGUCCACAUGGUGAGAGAGGGAGCACUCGGAAAGACUCAUCGUCCACACAAUGCGCCAGGCGAAGACAGUCAGGAGAAGUCAGGCUCCAACACAGACCAAUCAUUGGAGGGGCGCUAA